GACAGCACGCGGACCAGGCUGUCUACGUGGCGGCCGGGGCGGAAGGAACGCGACUAGGAGAACUGCAAGGCCGACUGAUGAUGUCUGACUCUGAUCUCCCCAUAGUCACCCCUCUUUCCCUCUCAGACCCCCCUCAAACCACCCAACCCAAGCCCCCGGAAAGCCCUCCCCUCCCGCCCUCCCCACUGCUCCACCAGUUCUCAUUGGCCACUGAGAGUUCAGAAGGCUCAGAUACUCCACCCAUUGCGAAGGGAGGAGAGGAAGUGACCCGGGUGGAUGGCGGUGAAGCUCUAACUGACCAACCAGAGUGCGUCGUGGAGGGUCUCGGGUCUGAGUGUGACCAACCAGAGAGCGGCGUGGAGGGUCACGUGACUGAGUGUGACCAGUUGGUGAGCCUGGAGGCGGAGACUGCUGCUGGCAAGGGGGAUGUUGCGGGCCAGGGUAAAGCUUGGUCUGGAUGGGGCUCCUGGGGAAAGUCUCUAUUGACCAGUGCCACCUCUACUGUUGGUCACAGUCUCAGUUCUGUGAAGGAGAAGGCAGGUGAGGCACUGCGACUCCACAGGACCUCCAUCGGGGAGGAGGCACGAGAGGAGAAUGGGGAGGAGGAGAGUAAAGAAGGAGGUGGAGGUGAGGAGAAAGUGAAAGAGGCAGGAGAGGGAGAGGAGAAUCCUCAGGCUGUCAUGUCUCCUAACACAGCACCAAGCAGAGGAGUACUCUCAACAAUUACACAUGCUGGUAAGUCAGUCAUCAGUGGAGGGCUGGACGCUCUGGAGUUCAUUGGGAAGAGAACCAUGACUGUGCUGGCGGAGAGCGACCCUGGUUUUAAGAAGACCAAGACCCUAAUGCAGAGAACUGUGUCACUAAGCCAGAUGCUGAAGGAUGCCAAGGAGAAGGAGAGGGCUCGUCUCAGCUGCCAGCCAAUCAGCGAGCCCACAGCUCACUAUGGAAUCCUGUUUGACGACUAUCAGGGCCUAUCACACCUCGAGGCACUGGAGAUACUAGCCAAUGAGAGUGAAGCUAAGGUUCAGUCAUUUCUAUCAUCCUUAGAAGAGGAGGAUCAGGAGGAGCUGAAGAAAGAACUAAUCGCCAUAAAAGAUAUCUUCAUCACCCGUGAGGAAGAGGAGGGUGAGGAAGGAGAAAUUGGAGAGAUGAAGGAAAAGAGUGAUCUAGUUUCAGAGUGUCCUACUCCUCUAUCUGCUGAUGGAGAGGAGUUUGUCAGUGUUCUUACUGAGCUGCUCUUCGAGCUUCAUGUUGCUGCCACCCCAGACAAGCUCAAUAAGGCCAGAAUGAGGGCACAUGAUUGGGUGAGAGAAGUGGAGCAACCUGUCGCCAAGGAUACUGUCAAGGGGGCAGCUGAGGAGGAGCAUGCAGGAGAACCUGAAACUGGCGGAGCAGAGGGGAAGGACGAGGAGAUGAAAGAGGAGGUAGAAAAUUGGAGAAAGGAGGAGGAGAUGAAGGGAGAGGAGGAGGAAGGGGAGAAGAAAGAAGAAGAGAGGAGUUCCAGAGCUGUAGAGGCAGUGUAUCUCAGUUCAGUGGGCUCCCUGGCUGAGGUGACAGCCCGCAGUAUUGAGCAGCUCCACAAGGUGGCAGAGUUGAUCCUCCACGGACAGGACCAAGAGAAACCAGCCAUAGACCAGGCUCACGUCCUAACCAGGUUAACGUGUGCCAUGUGUAAGGAGGUGGGCUGCCUUGCCAGGACAUUUUCAGAUACUUUACUCUCUGUCGGGCACCAGAGAAAAGCAGAAGAGUUGAGUCCGUUGGUUGAGAGUGUUCUGCUUGAGGGUUCUAACAGCACAACCUACAUCCAGAAUGCCUUCCAGCUUCUUCUGCCGGUUCUCCAGAUAUCACACAUCCAGACCCGGGGCUCCAGAACCCAGACAGAACCACAGCCUUAACCGUGUCCUAAUCACCAAAUUGCACACACAGCGUAGCGCUGACACGUCCCUAGUGUGCCAUGUUAAUGUAGCCGUGUACAGUUAGAUUACACAAGAUAUGAUAUAGAGUGAAGGUGACAGAUCUACUGGGAGCCAUGGUAACGCACUCAGACCAUACCAUAAUGGUCAUGGCGUAGGAGCCCCUAAGAAGUGCCAUUGAUUGUGCUCCUGUCAAUUGUUGUGUUUUAGGAUAUUUAGGUUUGGAGAUCCUUGCGCUGAGUAACCCAAGGAGUGGUUUGGAGGAACACAUCAUUUGUUCAUGUUUAACACGUUUUCGGUGCUGCUCCGCCAAAAAACAAGUAUCGGUUUUGCCUGCAUGAUGAAGGUUAUUUAGCUUUCUUGUUUAUACUGUGUCAUGCUAAGAGUUACUCAUAUCCGAGUUAACCAAUGAUGUAUUCUGGGUCAUUACCGUCCCUAAACCACUCGAAUGUUUCUUAAUGUUUGUAUUUAGUUAAGUAGGACAAGGGUUCAGGCUGAUCAUGUGUUGAUGUAUGCAGCAUUUGAAGGCAUUUUCCCUGUCUUCAGAGAGAUUGCUUUCGUUGAGCGCUACAGAUGUUGGCUUGAUGUUAUUGCCUUUGAAACAGUCAAUGCCAUUGAAUCCUUUGUAUCAACAAACCAGUAAAGAUGUAAUUCACCUUGUAUUUUAAUUCACCUUGUAUUUUAAUUGCAUUCCUCAUGUGGUAUUACAUGUUUUUACUGUAAGAUACUCUGGAUAUCAGCUUGUGCUAAAUUAUGUAAAUGAGUGGAAAUAUUUUACUGAUAACACUACUACUGCAAAACAAGGACUUAAUUCCCUUGCUGAAAGAAAAUAUCCUAAAAUUAUAUAUUCUUAAAAAGUGAAAAGAUCAUAUGUUAUUAAGCUGCUAUGGUAACCGACCAUGACCUGACAAAAUCCCCCCCAAAAUAAAAACUAAUUCUUAA